AUGUCUUCACUUGCGGGCAGAUCGGCUGCCAAUUUACAACCACCACGCCCAUUAACACAAGCUGACGCUGUGAACAAAAAGGUCAUCGAAUACCUGGUCAAGAAGGGCUACAUGAGAACUGAACAGACGCUCCGCCAAGAAUCAGCGCAUCUCGACAAAGAUGGCAGACCCAUUCAUAACCACAUUGAGGAACUAGGCAACAUCAAGUAUACCCGCGGAUACAAGCUGUUGUGCGGUUGGAUUGACCAAAACCUUGACCUCUAUAAGUUUGAGUUGAACCGACUGCCAUGGCCCAUCUUUGUCUACUCCUACCUGGACCUGAUCAUCACCGACGCGGUAGACGACGGCGAGAUGUUUUUCCGUGAAUUUAGCCCACAAUUUGAGAAGCUCCAUGCGGAUGAACUUCGCGUCUUUGAGACCAUCAAACUCCGCUCUCAGGUCUUCGAGAAUUCGACCGCAAAGCUCUACCGCAACACGAAAUACCUCUUGCCCCUCAAUAAGAACGUAUACUUCAACCUUCUUACCUUCCUUGAAUCGAACGCCAACUCGGGCGGCACUGUCAUCAUCUACCUGCUUCAAACGUAUUGCGAGGUACGGGAGACGGAACGAGGCCCUAUGGACCAGUACAGCUUCGAGGCGAUCAUCAAUCAGGCGCGCGGGCUCGGCUCUGAAGGUGACGAUGCAGGUCUUCAAGAAGGGAUUCCCGGCGCAUUCACCGGAGUCACUAACAAAGACAUUAUGGACAACACAGCAGUAUUGAAGCUCGGCCCUAUGGCCAUGGAUCCCGACCUCGCUAGUGAUGUGCGAGCUGAACUGGAGGAGGAGGAUCGACUCAAUACCGCCACCCUUCCGGAAGGCAAGAGCUCCCUGGUGGAUGAGUUCGACCGAAACAUCAAGCGAGAGGAUAGCGCGGAUGGUCCUUCCCGCACCGAAAUCCCCUACCCUGCAUCUCGCGCUCGAGAUGUGGUUAUGGAAGUCCAAAAGAUCAAGGAAAACCGUGAUCGCUUCAGAAUUGAUAACGCCACCGAGAUGAAGACUGGAAUCGCUCCAGGCGUCUCCAUUUGCAUGUUUACCUUCCACAACACCCUCGAUUCCAUCACCUGUGUCCAGUUCUCCGAUGAUAAUAACCUUGUCGCUGUUGGCACCCAGGAGUCUUAUAUCCGAGUCUGGAACCUUCACGGCGAUCCUCUUCCCACGAAGGUCAGAUCUGCCCUGAAUGAUCCACCAACCAGCUCUCGCCGCCUCAUCGGACACUCUGGCCCUGUCUACGAGGUUUCCUUCUCCCCCUCCAUCGAAGGCCCCGCCAAUGCCGACGAGAAUACUCCAGCCACCAACCCUCGACUCCUUCUCUCCUGUUCUGCCGACGGCACAAUCCGCCUCUGGUCUCUCGAGACUUGGACCUGCCUUGUCGUUUAUAAAGGCCAUGAAGGUCCUGUUUGGCAGGUGAAGUGGGGUCCGUUCGGCCACUACUUUGCUACCUGUGGCUGGGACAGAACCGUUCGUGUCUGGGCUCAAGAUCAUAUCUCGUGUGUCCGUAUGAUGGUCGGUCAUGACACCAGCGUCAAUCAAAUUGCCUGGCACCCGAACGGUGCUUACGUCUUCUCUGCCAGUGACCAAGCUGACAAGUCUAUCCGCAUGUGGUCCUUUGUCUCGGGUGAGUGUGUCCGCGUCUUCACUGGCCAUACCGACACCCUUAGCGCUCUCGAAUGCAGCCCGAAUGGUAGGAUCCUAGCCUCGGCCGACCAAAGCGGUACCAUCUUCCUCUGGGAUCUCGAGCAUGGCAAACAAAUUAAGCGUUGCCGCGGCCACCACAAAGGCGGUAUCUGGUCCCUCUCCUUCAGCAUCGAGACAUCAGUCCUCUGUUCCGGUGGUGCAGAUGGCACUGUUCGAGUCUGGGAUGUCGCCGUCCCUGCCGAUCCACACAAGGCCGACCGCAAUGAGACUGUUGCUACAGGCGGUCAGGCAGAUGCUACUCGUAUCAAUACCGGCAAUCAACCUGCUGCUCCGGCCACCGUUGGUGCCAAGAAGAAGGGCAAGGACACCAUGAUUACCCCUGAUCAGAUCAGUGCUUUCCCCACCAAGAAGUCGCCGGUCUAUAAGGUGAAGUUCACUCGCAUGAAUUUGAUCGUUGCUGGUAGUUGCUUCUUGCCAUAG